AUGUCUUCUUCAAUCCCAUCUGAAGCACCGAGCCAUAUUCGCAUUCUUACUCUCAACUGCUGGGGCUUGAAAUAUAUUGCCAAGUACCGCCAUGAACGCAUGUCGGAGAUCGGGCGGCAGCUGGCAUUUGCCAGCCCGCCACCAGAGAUAGUCGGGCUACAAGAGUGUUGGACACAGAAAGACUUCGAGAGCAUCCGCGACCAAACCAGACACAUACUACCAUACGGGAAGUUUUAUUAUGGAGGAAUAUUCGGUGCGGGAUUGGCAAUUCUGUCCAAAUGGCCGAUCGAGGAGAGCAGCAUGUUCGGAUACCCAUUGAACGGCCGGCCAACAGCAUUCUUCCGCGGCGACUGGUUCGUAGGCAAAGGCGUUGCCUCUGCAAGAGUCAGAUUUGGCCCUGGAACAGCCGACGUGGCAGAAGUGUUCUGUACACAUUUACACGCCCCGUACGAGCGCGAACCAAACGACUCCUAUAUAUGCCAUCGCACCGCACAGGCAUGGGAAAUCUCAAAGCUGAUGCGAGGCGCUGCUGAGCGUGGUCAUCUUGUCCUCGGUCUGGGUGACUUCAAUAUGCUGCCUUCUUCUUUCGCCCACCGCCUCAUCACGGCCCAGAGCCCUGUGCGGGAUGCCUGGCGCGAGAUCCAUCCUGAUUCCUCGCUCGCGGCAGCAAUUGAUCCCGUCGAAAAGGCUCGCAACAAGCCCAUUCCCACUGCAGAGUUUAAUCUCUCCGAGAAUGGAGCCACCUGUGAUGGGUCGUUCAAUACAUGGCGCUGGUCUGAGAAUAUGCGCAAGCGUCUGACCAAGGGAGAAGAUAUUGUGAUUGACAAAGAUACCCCGGACCCACGUGGAAAGCGUCUAGACUACAUCUUCGUUGGUGAUGGUGGCUACCCACCUACGUUCCCAUCACCACGUUGGUCCGUUGAAUCUGUUGAAGUUUCUAUGACACAGCGCCAUCCGACCCUCCUUUGUUCAUUGAGUGAUCACUUUGCUGUAGAAGCUGUCAUUACACGAUCUUCAACGGGACUUAAACAGCCUCACCCCGAGUCUGAUUCCGACUCGGCACCGGUUUCUCCAAACUCUCCUACCCUUCACACAACAUCUUCUAAACAAUUCUCCCCUAAUGCCGCGCUGUCCCCUGAGACCUACGACCAUAUCGUUGAGAUGACACACAAGUAUGUUGAUCGAGAGCGCUCACAGCGCCGCUGGCGCAUGGCGCAUUUCAUUGCAUCAAUCUUUAUCUCAAUCGGUUGUAUGGUGGGGGUGUGGUUUGUCGGCAACCGCACGUACAUCGGGUUCCUGCUCAUCUUGAUCAGCACUCUGAAUUUCGCUGCUGGAGUCUUGGACGGCUUGAUUGGGGGAUUAUUCAUGUCGAGUGAACUUCGUGCCUUGAAAGAGUUUGAGUGGGAGGUACGAAAUGCGCAGAGACUGGUGAUAGCUGCCGAGGGCAGUUCUUCGGCCAAAGUCGAGGGAGAUCGCGAGGAUUAA